GGUCGUUGAACAGAUUAUUGUUUCAACUGAAACGAGAUUCCGAUAAAUGUAUAGAUUUUUUGAGACGUUAAGUGAAUGUCAUUUACCACACUUCUUCCAUCCUCAAACACAACCGUAAACCAAACCUGUGAAAUGGUGGAAGGGCCCCUUUAAGAAACUGUCGCAAAACCCUGCUACCGCCCAUGCGCAGAGAGAGGGGCAACAGCGACGGAGAAAACAACAACAACAAGAGAACAGCGAGAUGGCUCCAUGAAUACAGGCCAACUUCACCCAGUUACUAUCCACAACCUACCCGACUGCUGCUUUCUCACACGGCUGGAUUAGAUGGUGCCGGGCCCAUGAACUUGGCUAGUCAGAGCGGGGAGACCGGCUGUAGCCAGCUCCUCUUCGCCAACUUUAACCAGGACAACACGUCUUUAGCUGUUGGAACCAAAUCAGGCUACAAGUUCUUCUCCCUCUCGUCUGUGGACAAGUUGGAGCAGAUUUAUGAAUGUACGGACACAGAGGAUGUGUGUAUUGUAGAGCGUCUGUUCAGCAGUAGUCUGGUGGCGAUCGUCAGUCUGAAGGCUCCUAGGAAGCUGAAGGUCUGUCACUUCAAGAAAGGAACGGAGAUCUGUAACUAUAGUUACAGUAACACUAUACUGGCUGUCAAGCUCAACAGACAGAGGCUGAUAGUAUGUCUGGAGGAAUCUCUGUACAUCCACAACAUCAGAGACAUGAAGGUCCUACACACCAUCAGAGAGACACCUCCCAACCCCUCAGGGUUGUGUGCUCUCUCCAUCAGUAACGAUAACUGUUACCUGGCCUACCCCGGCAGUGCUACAAUAGGAGAGGUCCAGGUGUUCGACACGGUCAACCUGAGGGCAGCCAACAUGAUCCCAGCCCAUGACAGUCCAUUAGCAGCUGUGGUGUUUGAUGCAAGCGGAACCAAACUGGCCACAGCCUCGGAGAAGGGUACGGUGAUUCGUGUGUUCUCCAUCCCUGAGGGACAGAAACUGUUUGAGUUCCGUCGAGGAGUCAAAAGCUCCACGGAGACGGGUGUGUGUGUGUGUGGGCCAACAGAGGAGGUGUUGUCCUGUAUAUUAACAUGGUGUGUGUGUAGGUUAACAGAGGAGCCAACGACAUGGGGUGGAUACUUUGGGAAGGUCCUGAUGGCGUCCACCACCUACCUGCCCUCUCAGGUGACAGAGAUGUUCACUCAGGGACGAGCCUUCGCCACCGUACGACUGCCCUUCUCUGGACACAAGAACAUCUGUGCUCUGGCCCUGAUCCAAAAGAUUCCUCGUCUCCUGGUAGCAGCAGCUGAUGGAUAUCUGUACCUCUAUAACCUGGACCCACAGGAGGGGGGAGAGUGUACCCUGAUGAAACAACACAGGUUAGACGGCAGUGCUGAGCCGCCCAAUGAGAUCCUGGAACAGGGGUCACAUGACCGCCCCCUUACUGCACAGACCUACAACACUGCUGGGAUGAAAGGUACACACACCCCAGGGCGUCCUCUGAGAUUGGCCUGUUACUGUGAGGAGGCGGGUGCAGUGGGAGGGGCGGGACUAGAGGAUGACCUCAGCGAUCUGCGAUUGGACGAUGAGAAUGAAGAGCAGCCGCCACUCAUCCUGGAGACGGACUGACUGACAGCUACAGCAACCAAUCAGAGAGCUCCUCUGGUGCUGCUAGGAACAUGUAACAUGGAGGGUGGGAUUAAAAACUCUCAGCGUUCAACAGCGCCUCUGUCUGUCUGUCUGUGGAUGUAUACAUGUUUCUCCCUCCCUCCCUCCCUCUGUCUCCCUCCCUCCCCCUCUGUCUCCCUCCCUCCCCCUCUGUCUCCCUCCCUCCCCCUCUGUCUGUCUGUCUGUGGAUGUAU